GGGAGGCUGCCGCAGCACCACCACCACCACCACCGCCUCGCCAUCCCGCGCGCUGCACCGUCGCCGCGGCUGCCUGCACCCGCUGCCCGCCCAUCCGCGCUGCUGCCCGCUCGACGCCAUGGCCGGCUCAGCGGCCGCGACGCCUGCAGCAGGCGCCAGCUCGGCCGCGCCGGGGCCAGCACCAGGAGCGGCAGCGGCCAGGGCAGCCAGCACUCGCUCGCCGUCCAGCGCCCCGCCGACGCCGCCGCUGCCGCACUCGCCGCUCGGGCACGCCCUGGCGCCGCACCGCAGUGCCGCCAGCAGCGACGGCGCAGCGUCGUCGGCGGCCGGCAUGCGCCCGCGCACCCGCACCAGCUCGCUCGCCGCUCGCCAGGCAGGCGCAGCCUCUACAGCACGUCUCGGCUCCACGUCUUCGCACGCCCUUGCGCCGCCGUCGCCCGGCUCGCAGGCGCAGCCGCGCGCCUCGACGUCCUCCUCGUCGCGGCAGUCGGCCCCGCCGCGCACCUCCUUCGCCUCGUCGUCGCUCGCCAGCGGUCGCGAGCCGCCACAGUCGGCCGCCUCGACGAGCCGCUCGCACCUCUCCGUGCUGCCGGCGCGCGGCGCCGAUGCCGACGCCGAACCGGCACUGGCAAAGCUCGAGCGCAUGCAGCGCGAGCGCCAGACGCGGCGCAAGUGGCGCCGCGGCACGGGCAUCGACAGCCUCGCCGCUCCCUGGGGCAAGCGUGGCAAGGAGGACUCACCAGCGCAGUCUGAAACUGAAGAGCCUGCCGAGGCUGCGACUAAUGCCUUCGGCGAAGUCAAGCUGGCCAUCUCGUCGCUGCCCGGCUACCCGAUCGCAGCAGUGCGCGGCGCACAGCACCGCGCCCGCACACUCAUCGGCCGCGGACACGGCGCCGACUCCAAGGCGCACGAUGCGAGUCCCACCGGAGAGGACGAAGGCGCGUGCGAGUUCGGCGCCGGCGGCUUCCGCUUUGGUGGUCGCCGGCGCGCCAGCCAGGGCGUCAGCAAUGCGCCCGUGCCCACGAGCGGCGGCCUGACAAGCCUUGCCGCGGCGUCAGGGAAGCUCGCGGACGCAAACUCGCCUGUGCCAAAUAGUGCACCCGCAACGCGCAGCAAUGGGCCUGUGCUCGUCCAGCCUCAGGCGGUGCGCGGAGAAGUGCACGAUCUGGGCUUCGAGCUUCAGCGCAGCCACAGCUUAAAGCAGAGCGAGCUCGGCGCCGUGGCCGAGGAGAGUGGACAUAGACAGCAUCUGAGCACCAUGCACAGCAGGUCGGGGCUGAGCGACGUCACAGAACAGCCUUCGGCUAGCCCUCGAACGUCGAACUUCGACGCCGCGCGCCCCUCUCCGGCCCCGCAAAGUCCAGGGUCCAGCUCACUAGCGCGAGGGCAGAACGGCGCGCUGCGACGCCCUUCGGUCAUCGUGUCGCCCGCUGAACGCCGGCCCAGCACGACGCCCUCGAUGACGCUCGCACCAGAUCCUCUCGCCCUGCGUGCGCCACCGCAGGCGCAAGACGAGGGCAGCUCGCCGGGCUCGUCGAGUGCAAACUCCUUCCUUGGAGGCACCUACCACGAAGAGCCACUCGGCGACUCAGACGGCGUGGUCUCGGAGGCAUCAAGCUCAGAUUCAGAGGCGCCUGGCACUGGCGCCCUCGAUACUGGAUACGAGUCCGAACAGGGAGAGCUGAGUGACUCAGACGUCGAGCGCGCGGUGGCGCUCAAUCUCGACCACGGCGCUUUGAACAAGAAGGAGGCCCGCAAGCUGUUACGCGAGCAGCGCCGGGCAGCCCGCGCCGGCUCGAUGAGUGACGGGCCGCGCAAGCUCGCAGUGCUGGCGCGUGGCGAAUCGAUCUCAGAGCGCGUGGCGAAGGGCGUCACAUACGCCUCCAAGGAGAGCCGCAAUCGGCGAGCGAUGGAGAAGUACUCGCCGGCUCCGCUUCGCGCGCUCUCGCCGCCGCUGGGCGGACAAAGCCCAGCUGCAAGAUUUGCAGCCGGCAUGGCUGAGCGACAACAUUCGCCCGGCCCGCUGUCGAGCACGUUCCACCAUGGUGGCAGCGCAACUGCGCUGGGUGCCUCGAUCUCGCGAAGCGGCACGCCUCUCGCCCUCUCGACCGGUCCGGCUGCUGGUCAGGACUCGGUCGCCUCGUCUCGCCGCAGCUCGCUCUCGGAAGGCGGCGACGACGCGGCCUCGCGCGUUCUGUCUCCAACAAUCUCAGAGCGCGGGGGCGGCGCCGAGCCGUGGGGUGUCGCCGACCUCUCGCGCCAGCUGCCGCGGCGCUGGGACACCUCGAAGCUGUCACUGGCGACGGCGGACAUGCAGAGCAUCAAGUCGUCUCGCUCGCGCUUUGGCAGCCGCAGUGCCAAGCGCUUCCUCAGCCUCCGGCGUGGACACAAGGGCGGCCGCCACGACGUGCAGGAAGAGGACGCAGACGACUCUCCGCCUGAAGAGGACGUGGAGCAGGAGCUGGACCGCGUGCUGGGCAAGCUUGCCGCCCAGGAAGUGCCGGAACAGAUGGGCGAGCGCUACGAGUACGAUGUCUUGUACGAGAACCAGCGCGGGUGAGCCACUGCGCGUGAAAUGCGCCUCUCUAGUCGGCUGACACUCCGCCUUGCAGCCUGCUCGUCUUCGCGAUCCCAAAGUUCAGCGCGCGCACGCUAUUCCAGUGGGACC